GGUACUCUCAAGGACCGGACGUCGCAUUUGUGGGCUUGCACGUUAACAUUGGUCCGUACGGCUCUUCCGUUGAUCUACAGAAUGACGUCUACUAAACUACCUUUACCCACAGGCAUAAAGUUUGUUUUCGGAGGCACAGCAGGCAUGUCAGCCACAAUGUUUGUGCAUCCAUUCGAUUUAGUAAAGAGCAGAAUGCAAUUGAGUGGCGAAGGCGGUGCUGUAAAGAAGAACAAGACCAGCUUUCACGCAUUAGCACGCGUACUUAGAAAUGAAGGCUUUCUUGGCUUGUACACUGGGUUGACAGCUGGCCUUUUCCGACAAGCAACAUAUGCUACAACUCGUUUAGGUGUCUAUACAACACUGUUUGAUAUGAUGCAAAGUCCUGAUGGUCAACCACCGAGUUUUACGACGAAGAUUUUAUGUGGAAUAACUGCUGGUGCUUUCGGUGCAGUUGUUGGUACUCCCGCCGAAAUAUCACUUAUAAGAAUGACUGUAGAUGGCAGGUUGAGGGUACUGAUUGGCUAUUUACGUUUUCUGAAUGAUUGUUAUCUUUCUUGCAGUCUUCCACUUGAGCAGAGACGUGGAUACAAAAAUGUAUUCAAUGCCUUGUAUAGGAUUUGCGUAGAAGAAGGUGUAUUCACAAUGUGGAGGGGUUGUGGUCCAACUGUGUUUCGUGCAAUGGUUGUGAAUGCAGCUCAGCUAGCUACGUAUUCUCAAUCAAAGCAGCUUUUGUUGUCAACAGGUUUUUUUAAAGACGGCAUCAGUUGUCACUUCUGUGCAAGCAUGAUUAGUGGCUUUGUGACAGCUUUAUCAUCUAUGCCUCUGGAUAUUGCUAAAACUAGGAUACAAAACAUGAGACAUGUUGACGGCAUUCCACAGUAUCGAGGAGUUCUGGAUGUGUGGGUGAAGACUGCUCAUCAAGAAGGCUUUCGCAGUCUUUGGAAAGGUUUUAGUCCAUAUUAUUUGCGUAUUGGACCUCAUACUGUUUUGUCCUUCAUCGUUUUGGAGCAGCUGAAGAAGUUAUAUUAUGUAUUAUGACCUUGUAUUUGUUUAAUUUUUAAUUUUUAAUUUUGACAUGAUAAUUGAAAGACUUAAAUCAAACUUUAAGGUGUUAGUGUAA